GCGGGGCAGGUGCGCGGGGGUCGUGGCGCGCGACUUGGCGCGCGACACGCUUGUCCUCGCCUGCGGCCCGCCCGCACGACACCGGCCCGGUCCCUAACCUGACUGACACUACCACUCGAUGACUCAUGAACAUACGUACAGCCCUGUGUGACACUGUCAGGAGAGUUUAGUGCGAACGGUGUGUAGCUCCAUGUAAGAGCGAUCAGUGCUGUGUCGGUUGUCGUGUGCCCUUGUCAUGUGGGGAGUGCGAUGGCGCUGAUGGACAGCAUGUGUCCGCGGAGGCCGCUGGGCCUGCUCGUCGCGCUACUCGCGGCCGCUGCGCUCGCCAACCAGCUCGAGGACAUCCCGCACAAUGAAGUCAAGAACUGGGCGCUAAAAUUCGGUGUCGACUUAUGGGAAUUCGGCAGACAUUUUACAAAAAUGAAUCAAAUACAAAAUAAAUACCACGAGUACAACGUGGACGUUGUGCGGAAGGAUGGCUUGCUACUCGUGCGCGAGCUCGCCGCUGAGGUCAAGAACCACAUGGACUUCAAGAUAAAUGCAGUAAUGCGCAUAAUGGACAGUGCAGAGGCAGCUGCUUUAUCAGCAGGCAAUGCGGGCAGCGAUGGGGCUCCAGGGUCAUACUAUGACGCUCGCUGGUUGAACGUGCACGCAGACGACGGGACCCUGGCAGCGCGAGCACGCCGGCUGACGCUGACACCGAGUAGACAUUUCGACCACAUCGCCGUCAACACCAGCUACAGCGCUGUGCUCAUGCCACCAUACAUCAACACUGAAGAUGGUGAGGUUCAGAACCAGAUCGCGUGGUCGGAGCACUUGGACCCCCUGUUCGUGAAUAACUACGAGAUUGAUCCGACGCUCUCUUGGCAAUACUACGCUUCUUCCACCGGAUUCAUGAGGCGUUACCCAGCAAUGUCCUGGCCUCCAGAAGAUGGAUACUCACAUCACGCAAGAGACUUCUACGACUUUCGGUCUUCAAAUUGGUUUGUGGAAGCAGCAACAUCUCCUAAGGACCUCGUGAUCUUGCUUGAUGACUCCGAUGACCUGAGCUCGUCUUACUGGCGGUUGGCCAAGUCCACCGUCUCCGCUCUUCUGGACACUUUAGGACCGAAUGAUUUCGUCAAUAUCUAUCGAUACAGCGACACGAUAUCUGAACUACACUCAUGUUAUACGAAGGUUUUGGCUCAGGCUCUUCCAGAGACAAUAAGAGAGUUAAAAACUGCAUUAUGGAACGCUGAGCUUUCGGGGGGUGUGGCCAAUCUGACAGGCGCCCUUACAACGGGCUUCGAGAUUUUACAUCGGUAUAAUCGAACGGGUCUUGGGUGUCAAUGCAACCAAGCAAUAGCCGUGAUCGGCGCGGGAGGUGGCGCUGCCGGCGUAAAAGGAGUGUUUCGCACGUGGAACUGGCCACACAUGCCUGUCCGCAUCUUUACAUACCGCGUCGGUGGAGACGCUGCCGCUGGACAUACUAUGAAGGACAUGGCUUGCACUAAUAAAGGUUUCUACGUGACGAUAAACGAGCACUCUGAGAUUAAAUCGAAGGUGUUACACUUCGUGGAGGUGUUGGCUCGGCCGCUUGUCAUGUACCAGACCAUGCAUCCCGUGCACUGGAGCCCCGCGUACGUUGGCGGAAGGAGCAGUAGCUUAGCUGAUGAUGGCAUGGGCCAACUGAUGUCUUCUGUCACCGUACCAAUCUUCGAUAGGAGAAACCACACGCAAAGAGAAGCUAAUUUACUCGGCGUGGUUGGAACUGAUGUCCCUAUCGAUCAAAUAAAGAAGCUCGUGCCACCAUACAAGUUGGGUGUGAACGGUUAUUCGUUCAUGGUGGAUAACAACGGGCAUGUAUUGUAUCAUCCUGAUUUGAGACCAUUGCAUACGAACGAGGAAUACACUGAGACGCUGCGUCCUCUGUACUCGAGUGUGGACCUCACCGACGUGGAACUGCUCGUCGACUCCGAUGAGAACUCUAGGGUCAACCUCACCUCGCUGCUACUCGAUCUCCGUCACGAUAUGAUAGAACAGCGGGAAGGUGAGACUGAAAUCGCAGUGAAAGUGCAAUACGACAACAUGAGACGUGUCGCUACCAGGCGACAGAGGUACUUCUACAGUCCGGUAGAUGGCACUCCAUUCUCGCUGGCCGCAGUGUUGCCAGACGGAUACGGCAUGUACGAACUGCAGGCGGAGCAGGAGGUCAAACACAGUCCUGUUAAUGUCACAGAAUACUUCAAAGGUGAAAACUGGAAAGUUCAUCCGGACUGGGUGUAUUGUGAAUACGCUUCGACAUCCGACCAGACGUUUAAUUCUGCGGAGGAGCAACUAUUGCACUUCUUGUCCCGCGCGGGUCGGCCUGGGUGGAAGUGGAUGUCACUACGACCGCGCGCGCUCACACUACACAACGCGCACAAGAAGCAGGAUAGGGACUCUUAUUAUUGUGAUAAAACUUUAGUGCAAUCAUUAAUUAGGGAUGCAAUGGUAAUCAAAGAAUUGGACGCUCACACUGGACAUGCAAGCCACCACUCACACCCGAUAGCGACUUUAAUGGCACUCCUUACAAGGCAAGGACGGUUCCACAAGUUCGUAGUGACGCUGUCGUUCAUCGCAACACGCAGCGGUCUGCUUCGCUGGACUGAGAACGUCAACACCUCCAGGAGCACUGACUCAUCAGAACCGCAUUUCAGUGAGAGAUACUCUCGCGCAUACGACUCGGAAUGGUAUCGUCGCGCAGUAGAGCACCACGCCAUCGAACCCGAGAGCUUCGUAUUCUCGGUGCCCUUCCGUGAUGGCUCGGAGGCUGAGGAGCUGAGUGGUCGCCCUCCUCUAGUGCUGGCCACGCACGCUGUGUUCGUGGAGUCUCGCGGACAUCGUGCACCCGCCGCCGUCGUAGGCCUCCACUUCCAGCUAGACUCCCUAGCAAAACACUUCUUAAACGUUACUUCAGCAUGCACAGCUGGCACUUCUUGUAAGAAGACUUGCGCAGGCGACGAGUUAGACUGUUACAUUUUGGACGACAACGGUUUCAUCAUUUUAUCAGAAGACGUCUCACAAACUGGUCGGUUCUUCGGACAAGUCGAUGGGACUAUUAUGGAUUCACUAGUACAAGAUCGAAUAUACAAAAAGGUCGUUGUACACGAUCAUCAAGGCCGAUGUCCGGACUCCAGAAACUCAUUUAGUGGUGACGGUCACAAAGUUUCGCCUCUAAAACCACUAUCCUGGCUCGGUGGAUACCUCACCAGUCUACUUGCCGUAUGGUUCCCACUAUGGGAGCCAGUGCGCGCACGAGCCAGGCCAUACGCUGAGGAAGAAGUUGAUUACGAGGACUACGAGAGUGAAGAUAUGGAAAACGAUGAUGACUUGGACAGGGACCGCGGUACCUAUGAGAUCAUAAUCGACGGGUUGGGUGAGAGUUCCCGCGACAGUGGCCGAUCGCACCCGGGCCCCCCUCCCCCCUCGAGCGGAGUCCCCCCUCCCCCGCCGCCCCGCGAGGCAGCUCGCUCGGCCGCCGUGCGCCCCUGCGACACCAGCGCGGAACUGUUCACACUGCAGUCCUCACGACUCAACACCGCACAACCACUCAAGGGCAAGCUCACUAAUUGCCAUAACUCGGGCUGCGAGAGACCGUUCAGCGUGCAGAAGAUCCCGCACAGCAACCUGAUCCUGCUGGUGGUGGACACGCUGUGUCCGUGCGGCGCCAAGCGGCUGGACGUGCGCGCGCGCGAGGCGGCCGGCCGCGCGCCCUGCCGCCGCCUCGCCGGCCACCACCGCCGCCGCCCCGCGCACUGCGGCUCCUACCAUCCCGAGGAAAUCGAGAUACAAUCGUGUGGUCGCGGCGGUCGAUUGAUCCCUGCGGUGUGGGCGGUGCUGUCCCCGCUCCUGCUGCGACAGGUGCUGAGCACGUGACUGCGCGUGCGCACGUAAUGUUCUACCAACGCGCGGCGCCCAGCGCACGGAACGCCGGCGAGUCGUGAAACUUUCUGUACCCCACUCAGUUUCAGUAAACCGGUCGAUUGUUUCAAUGUUAUCUCUUAGUUUCACGACAUCUCCAGGGAAGCUUCAUCUGAAAAUGGCGUUCAAGUAUUCUUGCGAGUGAUAUGAGUGGAGUGGAGUGGAGUGCGGUCUGUAUGUAUGCGGUGUAUGUCUGUCUCUCCUCAGCCGCUCCAGCCGCCGAGUGGCCGGCGGUGACGUGGGGCCGAUGUAAUUGUGCCACCGCGCCACUCACCGCCGGGUACCCGGUACCCGGUCCCCGCACUCAGCAGCCGGAGCGUUUAACGAGGGGCUUACAGUUUUGAUCAAUUUUACCGACUGAAGUUUUGGUCCGACCAAGUGAACUUUUGAUCUUGUUUUGAGACAGGAUUAUAGUCGAGUUAGGGUACGAUUAUUGAAAUAUUUUCUCCUCUCUGUUAAGUUGUCACUUUCAUAUUGUAACUGAUGCGGACGCAUACGGUAAUAGGUAGGUAACGAAUAUCUUGUUAAAUUUAAAUUGAAGAUUAUCACAAACUUGGAGAUCUUAUAAAUUAUAGCUAAUGUUAAUAGGUAUUGAAAGAUAAUUAAUGUAAAAUAUUGAUAUCGUUUAACAGUUUUAGAAAAAUUUACCUAUGUUGAGACCUAAUUCGAUUUUAUUUCUUGAUAUCUGUCAUUCAAUUUUAUCGCAAACUUAUUGAAUAGUUGCAUAGGGGUUGAUGUAAAUAAGAAAUUAUUUGUUUGUAGAGAUAUUUCUUUGCUGAAUUUAUGUGUGCCUGUGUAAUGUAACAGUCGUUGUGUCGUCGAGCAGCGCGGCGGCGCCAGCACGCACACACGGGAACAAACCUAUCACAGAGUACUGCUCGCGGCCAGCGUGUCCCCGGGCGCCGCGACGCCUGUCUCUUUGACGACUUUCCAUUUUAGUCGUUAGUGAUUUUCUCGCCUAAUCUUCGAGUAAUGUCGUAAAGAAACUGUAAACAGUUUCGUAUUUUUAUUGUAAAUAUUUUACUAACUUAAAUGGCCUAUUACAAUUUUAAGAAAGUGUGUUGCUAUAAUAUAGGUCGUUCAAAUUCGACUUCUGCUGUCGUAAAUAUUAACAUCGUCAUAUCGAUCUGUAACAAUAAUUGUUUGCAUAUCAUAAUGUUCUCUUUCGAUUGUUUCAAGUUGAAAAAUAAGGCCUCUGAACAUCGGAUAAGUACUGACACUCUACUUUCAUACGUAAAUUUCAAAUUUCGGAGUAUAAGAGAAUAAGCGUAUUUACCUAUUAACUUGUUUGUACCUAACCUAAAUGUGAAUGUUACAUAGGAGUAAUGAUCAAAUCCACAUUUAACAUUAAAUAGUUUUAUAUAUCAUACCUAUUUAUUGAAUAGUCAUUAAUGUACACGAGUAUACGGCUUGCUAUUGUCCGUAUAAGUAUUCCAAUUUUUGAAACAGUUUAAAACCCCGUACAGUUAUUCCUAAUGAAGAUAGCCAGAGUUAAAGAUUGAGUGCCAAACCACUAUUAUACAAUAUGUGACACAAGCCGUCACUGUCUGCCCGCGUAGCUGUGAGUGUGGAGGACAAUAGCAAGCUACACAUUCUACACGACGUGCAUUCAUUGCAGCAAGCUCUCGGUGCGUACUUCGCGUAUUGUAAUGUUAAGAGGAAAGAGAACUGAGCUGGUUUAGCCGUAGAGUAGCCUUUUGUGGGCCUUGUAUAAGCAGUGGUACCGACAUUUAUAUGGUGCAGUAGUUAGUUACACAAGAUACAUAGAUAAUACAAUUACAUAUAUCUUCCGUACAUUAGAGAAAUGUUAGAUUUGAAGCAAUAAUAAAGUUAACUCGGUGUAUAUUCCCAGAAGAGUGCCGAAGAGAUUACCGCAGUGAGUGCGCGCGUACCAUACAAGCUAACAUAGUCAUAUCGUACACAGCAUACUCACUAAUAUACUACAGAUAAUAAUUAUCGUUGAUUGAAGGCGCUUUUGAGAAAUUGUACAUUUUGUAUAAAUAAUACAGUAAGGAGUCGAUUUAAUGGCGUAGAGAUUGUUUAAGCUGGUGAGUGGCGAACGACUGGUAAUGUAUUGAAAGUGCUUCUAGUAAGCGUCGAGUCUUCCAUAGCAGUCGAACGCGGGGGCGAGUGUUUAUUGUUACGUCUAAGUAUUAAACGAUAAUAAUAGCGUAUACUUAUCAUAGCAUAGGCGGAGCUCGCGUCUUGUACCACGUGCAGAUAUUUUUACUUGCACUUCGCGGGAUUUAGUUCUAUGUAACUAUAGACACAAAACAAAUACCUCGUUUAGUUACUCAGAAUGUAAUAGUUAGACAGAGUUAGCAUUUAUUUCGCGUUUAGUUCUUGGACAUAUCAAUUCAGGCACCAAAUGAGACUAUAGAGUAAGCAAUUUUUAAAUGUUUUCUUGUAUUACAGUAUUGAUAUCGAUUAUUUUAAUAAGGUCUUUAUCAAUGUUUUGUAGAGUCGCGGGACUGGCGCGCAACGUAUUGAUCCCACAUUGACAGGGUCCUCGUUAAAAUAGUUGUGCGGUGGCGCCAUUACGUGCGAGUGGAACUUGUCACAGCGAACAGUGAUAUCUAACUUUGCCACCUUCACUAACCCUGUAUCUUACAUUUUUAUAUAAAUCCUAAAUUACUCGUUUUAUCUGAUAGACCUGUCAAUUUCGUUCUAAUGCUUUUUAGAACUAUUGUCAAAAUUCGAUAAAUUCUGGAUAAAAUUAUAUUAUAUAUAUACUAUUUGAUUGGAAAGCAAAUGUUAACGUCACUGUUUACAAUAUUUUCUUUGGAUUAGUUAAAAGUUGUAUCAUUCUUCACGGCAAUCUGUGUGAAAAUGGUUCUCUAGCGUAAUUCUAGUAAAAUACUGUUCUUUUUGUUACUUGCCAGUUCAUUGCUAUAGAUAUACAGUAAUUACAACAAUAAAGUUCUCUUAUAACAUUGUGAA